AUGAGUGAACGAGGUCCAGAUCAAUGGCUUGAACAGAUCAAAAACUGUGUUGCUUUAUCCGAAUCAGACAUGAAACAGCUAUGUGAGCUAGUCAAGGAACUACUCAUGGAGGAAUCCAACAUUCAACCAGUCCAAUCUCCAGUCACUGUGUGUGGUGACAUCCAUGGACAGUUUCACGAUUUAUUGGAACUUUUCCGCAUUUCCGGUGGAUUGCCCAGUGAUGACAAUCAGACAAACUACGUCUUCCUUGGAGAUUACGUUGAUCGUGGUUACUUCUCAUUGGAAACAUUUUCUUUACUCAUGGUUUUAAAAGUAAAGUACCCACAUCGUAUAACUAUGGUUAGAGGUAAUCAUGAAACAAGACAAAUCACUCAGGUUUAUGGAUUCUAUGAAGAAUGUUUAACCAAGUAUGGAUCCACCACAGUCUGGAAAUAUUGUUGUCAAGUGUUUGAUUUCUUGACAUUGGCCGCCAUAAUCGAUGGCAAAAUACUAUGCGUGCACGGUGGAUUAUCACCCGAGAUUAGAAUGUUGGACCAAAUCAGAGUCUUGUCGCGUGCUCAAGAAGUGCCCCACGAAGGUGGAUUUUGUGAUUUGGUAUGGUCAGACCCUGAUAAUGUUGAUACGUGGGCAGUGUCACCGCGUGGGGCAGGUUGGUUAUUUGGAUCAAAAGUCUCACGCGAGUUCAAUCAUAUAAAUAACUUGCAGUUGAUUGCAAGAGCCCAUCAAUUGGUGAUGGAAGGGUUCCGCUAUCAUUUCAAGGAGAAGGAUGUGGUUACUGUAUGGUCGGCGCCAAAUUAUUGCUAUAGAUGUGGUAAUGUUGCCAGUGUGAUGCAGAUUGAUGAAGAUUUGGAACCAAAUUUCAAGAUAUUCAGCGCUGUACAAGAUGGUGAUUUGACUUUGAAGAAUAAUAAUAAUAAGCAACAACGAAGUGAUUAUUUUUUGUGA